UUUCGUGGUUUCUCUCGCUUCAUGCUCUCCCUCCCCUCCUGGUGUCUUUCUCGCUCGCACAUUUUCUCACUCUGCUGCCUUCUCUCUCUCUCACAUGCACUCACUCGCCCGCCCCCAUCCCUCUCUCGCUGCGCUAGCGGAGUCUGCCUCCAGUCUCAGCCAUGUGCGCACCGAGGACGGAGCUCCCUCUUUCCAUCUCUUCUCCUUUACUGCCUAGAAGAGGCUGAAAGGCGCUUUUUCCUUCCCUGAGAAUCCUUCCUUCAGAAUCUGUCCGUCCGUCCCUGCCUCUCGCCUCGGCUGGAUCCACUCAGAUGACUGAAGGAACGGAGUGAGCCGGGGAAUAAGGGGGGGGGGGCAGUGGAGGACAAAAGGAGGAGGGGAUACACGGAGCAGGUACCUCCGUCCUGAUGUCAGGGCUGACAGGUUGGCAGACAGGCAGUGGAUGACUCUACAGCCUGGGUGUUUUGGCUCGCGGCCGGCGCUCCUCUGUUUGAUCACAUCUAACACACCUUAACGCUGGAGGAAGGAACUGAAGAAAACAGAGAGCUAUAACUAAUAGAACUGAGUACCGAACAGGAGAGGACUGAGGAGUGUGAAGGAGAGGAGCCAGAAGAGGGGAUAAAGGGUGAACAGAUCUUUGGAGAGAUGAUGCACCACUCCGGGAACGCUGGGAGGUCGAAGACCCUCUCUCACACUCAUCAGACAGGUUGCAACAUGCCCCCUACCACCUCCUCCUCCCUCCUUCCCCCCUCUGCCCCUCCCUCCUCCUCCCUAUGCCCCUCCUCUUCCUCCUCUCCACCAUUCAGGGAGUGCCAGGUGCCCCUGCUGGAGAAUAACUCCUCCCACUCCCGCCUGGAGCCCCGCCCCCAUGAUGACUCAUACGUGCUCAGACACCAACCCCCCUCAUCUGGGGCACCUAACCACCACAGUGGAACCACCCUGCGGCCCCCGCUGCCCCCCCCUCACAACCACCAGACCAUGUCCCACCACCACCAAUCCUCGGCCAACAGCCUGAACAGGAACACCCUGAGAGGGGGUAGGAACACCAUCCACGCACCUCCUCACGUGCCUGGGGACGGGCCCACCACACCAGAGUCAGUUCAGCUACAGGAUAGCUGGGUUCUGAAUAGUAACGUACCACUGGAAACCAGACACUUCCUGUUUAAGACAUCAUCGGGGACAACCCCUCUCUUCAGUAGCUCCUCCCCUGGUUACCCUCUGACCUCUGGGACAGUUUAUUCUCCACCUCCUCGCCUAUUACCCAGGAACACCUUCUCCCGCUCUGCCUUCAAGCUCAAGAAGCCGUCCAAGUACUGCAGCUGGAAAUGUGCUGCCGUUUCGGCCAUCACUGCUGCUGGACUGUUGGCUAUACUGCUGUCUUACUUCAUAGCCAUUAACCUGUUAGGUCUAACAUGGCAGCUACAGCCCACUGAAGGUCCUGUGUUGAACAACGGCCUGAGCGCCGCUGGUCUGCCGGUCAACAGUGAUGCGGCCACACUGCCCUCUGGAGGCAGAGCUCCAUGGCCAGGUCGUAACAGCAGUAUAGACAGUGGCGAUGUGGAGGUGGGGAGGAGGGUGAGCCAGGAAGUCCCCCCGGGGGUGUUCUGGAGGUCUCUGCUCCACCUGGUCCAGCCGCAGUUCCUCAAGUUCAACAUCUCUCUGGGGAAAGAGGCUCUGUUCGGGGUCUACAUUCGCAAGGGCUUGCCCCCGUCCCACGCACAGUAUGACUACAUGGAGCGGUUGGACGGUAAAGAGAAGUGGAGCGUUGUUGAGUCACCUAGGGAACGGCGCAGCAUCCAGACCAUGGUUCUGAACGAGGCCGUGUUCGUUCAGUACCUGGACCCGGGAGCCUGGCACCUAGCCUUCUACAACGACGGGCGCCAGAGAGAGACUGUCUCCUUCAACACAGCUGUGAUGGACUCAGUUCAGGAGUGUCCUCGGAAUUGUCAUGGCAAUGGAGAGUGUGUGUCUGGGGUGUGUCACUGCUUCCCUGGGUUCCAUGGCAUGGACUGUUCUAAAGCGGCUUGUCCAGUGUUGUGUAGUGGCACGGGUCAGUAUGAGAAGGGUUCCUGUAUAUGCUACAGUGGCUGGAAGGGGGCAGAGUGUGAUGUCCCCACCAGCCAGUGUAUUGACCCUCUGUGUAGUGGCCAUGGGACCUGUACCCAUGGAACCUGUGUCUGCUCUCUGGGCUACAAGGGAGACAGCUGUGGAGAAGUGGAUUGCUUGGAUCCGACCUGUUCUCGUAACGGUAUCUGCGUGAACGGGGAGUGCCACUGUAAACCCGGUUGGGGCGGUCCAAACUGUGAGCUGCAGCGGGCCCAGUGCCCGGACCAGUGCCACGGCCACGGGGCGUUCAUAGCAGACACCGGCCUCUGUAGCUGUGACCCCAACUGGAUGGGUCCGGACUGCUCUGUAGAGGUGUGUUCUGUGGACUGCGGGACCCACGGGGUCUGUAUGGGCGGAGCCUGUCGUUGUGAGGAGGGCUGGACCGGCGCCGGGUGCGACCAGCGAGUUUGUAAUCCCCUCUGUGUCAAACACGGAACCUGCAAGGAUGGAAAGUGCCUGUGUCACCAGGGCUGGAACGGAGAACACUGUACCAUCGACAUGUGGGACUUGGUUGACAAAGACGGCUGUCCUAACCUGUGCAACGGCAAUGGCCUGUGUACCAUGGGACAGCAGAGUUGGCACUGUGAAUGCCAGACUGGCUGGAGGGGCACCGGAUGCAGCGUCGCCAUGGAGACCUUGUGCGCCGACAACACGGACAACGAAGGAGAUGGUCUGACGGAUUGUAUGGAUCCUGACUGUUGUAUACAGAGUCCGUGUCAGAACAGCCCCCUGUGCCGCGGCGCCGUAGACCCUCUCCAAGUGAUCCAGCAGAGCCCCCUGUCUCUGUCCCAACCCCGGGUGAGGUCCUUCUACGACAGGGUCAAGAUGCUGGUGGGACGGGACAGCACACACAUCAUCCCUGGAGAAAACCCCUUCAACGCCAGCUUGGUGUCUCUGAUCCGAGGUCAGGUGUUAACAACAGAUGGUACUCCCCUGGUUGGCGUCAAUGUCUCCUUCGUCAAAUAUCCCCACUACGGAUACACCCUCACACGACAGGACGGAACGUUUGACCUGCUAGCAAACGGUGGCGCCUCCCUGACCCUGAAGUUUGAGCGCGCUCCGUUCCUCACACAGGAUCGCACCGUGUGGUUGCCGUGGAGUCAUUUCUAUGCCAUGGAUACGCUGGUGAUGAAGACAGAGGAGAACACCAUCCCAGGAUGUGACCUAAGCGGCUUCCUGCGACCGGACCCUGUGGUCGUCUCCUCGCCUCUGUCAUCGUUCUUCUCCUCCAGACCCGGAGACAAGCCUAUUAUCCCUGAGACUCAGGUGCUUCAUGAGAUGAUAGACGUUCCCGGCACCAGUCUGAAGCUGUGCUAUCUGAGCUCCAGGACAUCCGGCUAUCAGAGUCUGCUGAAGGUGACGAUGACCCCAGCAAUGGUGUCCUCAGGCCUGCUGAAGGUCCAUCUGAUGGUGGCUGUGGAGGGACAUCUGUUCCAGAAGUGGUUCCAUGCCUCACCCAACCUAGCUUAUGUCUACAUCUGGGACAAAACAGAUGCCUAUGGACAAAAAGUCUACGGGCUCUCCGAAGCUGUCGUGUCUGUGGGAUAUGAGUAUGAGUCGUGUAUCAGUCUGAUCCUGUGGGAGAAGAGGACAGCAGUGCUGCAGGGUUUUGAACUGGACCCUUCUAAUCUGGGAGGCUGGUCUCUGGAUAAACACCAUAUUCUCAACACAGGCAGCAGUAUCCUCCAUAAGGGGAACGGUGAGAACGUAUUCAUCUCCCAGCAGCCCCCUGUGAUCAGCAGUGUGAUGGGGAACGGACGUCGCCGCUCCAUCUCCUGCCCCAGCUGUAAUGGCAUCGCCGACGGCAACAAGCUGCUGGCCCCCGUGGCCUUGGCAACAGGCAUUGAUGGGAGCCUCUACGUGGGAGACCUGAACUUCAUACGAAGGGUCUAUCCCUCUCUCAAUACCACGAGCAUACUGGAAUUACGGAACAAAGACUUUAGGCACAGUAACAACCCCACUCAUAAGUACUUCCUGGCCGUUGACCCCGUAACGGGAGGGCUGUUUAUCUCAGACACCAACUCGCGGCGUAUCUACCGCGUGUACUCGCUGACAGGGGGGCGCAUGCUGUCUGAAAACGCAGAGGUGGUUGCCGGGACAGGGGAGCAGUGUCUACCCUUCGACGAGCGCUGUGGGGACGGAGGGAAAGCCACUGAGGCCACAUUGAUGAGUCCCAAAGGUAUCGCUGUAGAUAAGUAUGGUCUGAUGUAUUUUGUUGACGCCACCAUGAUCCGAAAGGUUGACCAGAACGGGAUCAUCUCCACUCUCCUGGGAGCAAAUGACUUGACUGCAGUCAGACCUCUCAGCUGUGACACCAGCAUGGACGUCAGCCAGGUGCGCCUGGAGUGGCCCACAGACCUGGCUGUGAACCCCAUGGAUAACUCCCUGUACAUUCUGGAGAACAAUGUCAUCCUUCGCAUCACAGAGAACCACCAAGUGAGCAUUAUAGCGGGCCGGCCUAUGCAUUGCCAGGUUCCAGGCAUAGACUACACUCUGAGUAAGCUGGCUAUCCACGCUGCCUUGGAGAGCGCUACAGCCAUUGCCCUGUCUCACACCGGCAUCCUCUACAUCGCUGAGACAGACGAGAAGAAAAUCAACCGAGUCCGACAGGUGUCUGCUAACGGCGAGAUCUCUCUUCUGGCCGGCGCCGCCUCCGAAUGUGACUGCAAGAACGACGUCAACUGCAACUGCUUCUACGGCGACGAAGGCUACGCGCCGGACGCCGGCCUCAAUUCCCCCGCCUCGCUCGCCGUCUCUCCCGACGGGACAGUCUACAUCGCUGACCUCAACAGCAUACGCAUCAGAGCCGUACGAGCCAACCGGCCCGGGCUGUCCGCCUCCGGGGCGGGGUCAGGGCCGACAGCGGGACGGUACGAGGUGGCGUCGCCGCGGGAACAGGAGCUCUACGUGUUCAACGGCGAAGGUCGGCACCUGCAGACGGUGAGCCUGGUGACGGGCGAGCCCCUGUACAACUUCACCUACGGGCCGGACGGAGAGCUCGCCACCGUGGUGGACAACUGCAACAACACGGCCAGGGUAAGACGGGACGGACAGGGCCUGCUCAGGCUGGUGUUGCUCCCCGAGAAUCAGAUGGUGAACCUCGCUCUGGAACCCGCCGGGGGGCUGAGGAGCGUCUCCGCCCAGGGACAAGAGGUAGCGCUGCUGGGUUACUCCGGGAGUACCGGACUGCUGGCCACCAAGGCGGACGAGACCGGCUGGACAACCUUCUAUCAGUAUGACAGUGAGGGCCGUCUGACCAACGUUACCUACCCGACUGGCAUGGUGAGCAGCCUGCACAGGGAGAUAGAGCGCUCCAUCAAUAUCGACAUAGAGAGCUCCAACAGGGAGGAUGACCUCACCGUUAUCACUAACCUCUCGUCAGUGGAGGCCUCGUACACUGUGGUGCAAGAUCAGGUGAGGAACAGCUACCAGUUGUGCAACAACGGUACCAUGCGGGUCAUGUAUGCCAACGGGAUGGGCAUCAGCUUCCACACUGAGCCCCACAUCCUGGCCGGGUCAGUCAGCCCAACCAUUGGCCGUAGGAACAUCACCCUGCCCACGGAUAACGGACUCAACUCCAUCGAGUGGCGGCUACGCAAGGAACAGACGAAGGGAAAGGUCACAAUGUUCGGCAGGAAGCUGAGGGCGCACGGUCGUAACCUCCUCUCCAUUGACUUUGACCGCAACACUCGGACCGAGAAGAUCUACGACGACCACCGCAAGUUCAUGCUCCGCAUCAUGUACGACACGCAGGGCCGGCCUGUGAUGUGGUUGCCUAGCAGUAGUCUGGCGGUGGUGAACGUGUCAUACUCGACCACGGGUCAGCUGGUGGGGCUGCAGAGGGGCAGCAUGAGCGAGAGGACCGAGUAUGACCCCCAGGGGCGCAUGGUGUCGCGGUCAUUCGUAGACGGCAAGGUGUGGAGUUACAGCUACCUGGCUAAGUCCAUGGUGCUUCUCCUGCAGAGCCAGAGACAGUACAUCUUUGAGUUUGACGCUUCCGGGCGGGUCACAGCCGUCACCAUGCCCAGCGUUGCCCGCCACACCAUGUCCACGCACGUCUCCGUUGGUUACAUCCGCAACACCUACAACCCUCCGGAGAGCAACGCGUCCGUCGUCCACGACUUCAGCGAAGACGGGCGCCCCCAGGCCAUCCAAUACCUGGGCACCGGCCGGCGCGUCCUCUACAAGUACGGCAAACUGGCAAAGCUGGCAGAGGUUAUCUACGACAGCACUGCAGUGACGUUUGGCUACGACGAGACGACUGGGGUGCUAAAGAUGGUGAACUUGCAGAGCGGCGGGUUCUCCAGUACGAUACGUUACCGCAAGAUUGGCCCGUUGAUCGACAAGCAGAUCUAUCGUUUCAGCGAGGAGGGAAUGGUGAACGCUAGGUUUGAUUAUGUGUACCACGACAACAGCUUCCGUAUUGCUAGCAUGAAACCGGUCAUCAGUGAGACACCGCUACCAGUGGAUCUCUACAGAUAUGAUGAGAUCUCUGGAAAGGUGGAACACUUUGGGAAGUUUGGUGUGAUCUACUAUGACAUCAACCAGAUCAUAACCACGGCCGUGAUGACGCUCAGCAAGCACUUUGACACCCAUGGGCGUAUUAAAGAGGUCCAAUAUGAGAUCUUCAGGUCCCUGAUGUACUGGAUGACGGUACAGUAUGACAGCAUGGGACGCGUGGUGAAGAGAGAGCUGAAGAUAGGGCCGUACGCCAACACGACCCAGUACCGCUAUGAUUAUGACGGAGAUGGCCAGCUCAUUGGAGUGAAGGUGAAUGACUGGUCCACGUGGCGCUACAGCUACGACCUGAACGGCAACCUGCACCUCCUCAACCCUGGGAACAGUGCCCGCCUCAUGCCACUUCGCUACGACCUUCGCGAUCGCAUCACGCGCCUGGGCGACGUGCAGUACCACCUAGACGAGGACGGCUUCCUAAGCCAACGAGGCUCGGACGUCUUUGAAUACAACUCCAAGGGCCAGCUUCUUAGAGCUUACAGCCGGCUGCCGGGAGGAUGGAGCAUCCAGUACCGUUACGACGGACUGGGCCGGAGAGUAUCCACCAGGACCAGUCUGGGACAGCACCUUCAGUUCUUCUAUGCCGAUCUCAACCACCCGACCAGAGUCACUCACAUAUUCAACCACUCCAGCUCAGAUAUCGCUUCACUGUAUUAUGACUUGCAGGGCCAUCUGUUUGCCAUGGAAGUGAGUAGUGGAGAGGAGUAUUAUAUAGCUUCAGACAACACAGGAACACCGCUGGCUGUCUUCAGCAGCAACGGACAGAUGAUCAAACAGGUUCAGUACACAGCUUACGGGGAGGUGUACCUGGACUCCAACCCAGAGUUCCAGCUGGUGAUUGGGUUCCACGGUGGUCUCUAUGACAGCUUGACAAAGCUGGUCCACUUCACCCAGAGGGACUAUGAUGUACUGGCCGGCCGCUGGGCCUCGCCAGACUACGUCACCUGGCCCAAGAUCGGCAAGGACCCAGCGCCUUUCAACCUGUACAUGUUCAAGAACAACAACCCCCUCAGCGAUGUGCUAGACACUAAGAACUACGUCACAGACGUGAAGAGCUGGCUAGUGAUGUUCGGUUUCCAGCUCAGUAAUAUCAUCCCCGGAUUUCCCCAUCACUCCCUGAACUUUGUCGAACCGCCCUGGGAGCUGCAGGCCAGCCAGAACUGUGAGAACGGACAGCUAAUAACGGGGGUCCAGCAGGCUGCUGAACGCCAUAACCAGGCCUUCAUGGCCCUGGAGGGACGUCGCCUCAAUAAGGACCCCCGCGCCCGCCGAGACAAGCCCGGACACUGGUUCGGCACGUCAACGCCCAUCAUCGGUCGCGGAGUGAUGCUGGCGCUGAAGGAAGGCCGCGUGACGGCGGCGGUGAGCUCCAUAGCUAAUGAGGACAGCCGGAAGGUGGCUCUGGUGCUCAAUGGAGCCCUCUACCUGGACGGAACGCACUACACGCAGGACGGACGAGACUGCCACUUCUUCGUCAAAGUCGGCUCGGCCGACAACGAUCUACUGGCGCUGGGGCUGACCAACGGGCGCAAGGCACUGGAGAGCGGGAUCAACGUGACGGUGAGCGGGCGCGCACGGCGCGGCGCCACGGUGGAGUUUGCGGUGCCAUCGUUAGCCCUGAGCGUGCGGUACGGGCCAGCACUGGACGUGGCGGACGAGGAGAGGGUGAGGCUGCUGGAGCUAGCCCGGCAGAGGGCUCUGGCUGGAGCCUGGCUGAGGGAACAGCAGAGAGCCAGGGAUGGGAAGGAGGGGAGCCGGCUGUGGACGGAGGGGGAGAGACAGCAGCUGCUGACAGCUGGGAGGGUACAGGGGUACGAUGGUUACUAUGUGCUACCCGUGGAACAAUACCCAGAACUGGCUGACAGCAACACCAACAUCCAGUUCCUGAGACAGAAUGAGAUGGGCAAGAGGUAACAGCCUUCCUGGACUGAGAUGGAAGACUGGCUCACUCUUUCUCUCUCACUGACUCUCCUUCUCCUUCAUCUGUUCCUUUUACUUCUCCCUUUCAUCCCCUACUACUUAUUACCUCCCUUCUUCUCACCCGCCUCCUCCCUUUUCCUCUAAAACCCCGCAGAGAAUUAACCAACAAACGGGGUUUCUCACAGAACGCUGCAGGGACUUUUGAAAAGAAGAACUUACUAGAAAAACAUAUUAUUAUUAUUAUUACUUUUACUGCCAAUGGCAAAAUAAUCUAACAUUUAGACGAAUGUUACAUUUUCCUUUUUUUGAAAACAGACUCUAGAGAAAUAAAAAAGCACUGGUAAACUUUGAAAACACUGUUGCUUAAUAAGAAGAUUCCCCUUUUUAAAAAAGAUAUUGAUAUUUUCACCCAUAUUUUUUGGGUCACUUUGAGAGUGUUUUGAAAGACUUAACGGAGUGGAGAUGUGUUCUACUGGAUGCCCUGGCCACGGCCUGCCUCUGAAAUGAACUAGCAGGGCAAAUGGACCAAUAGGGAGGCAGAGCCACGACAGGGCCCAGUCAUCCAUAACACUGAUCUGAAGAGAAGAAGACAAGCACCGCAGCGUAGCGACUUCAAACGAUGUAAACCAACGAGUCAUCACACUGUCUCAGGCCUCCCAUUCUACUCCACAGAUCUGUUCUCGGCUACUGCAGCAACAUAUCCUAGCGACCAACAGAACACAAAGAUCCUUUAAGUCAUAUAGACUCCAAAAGAAAGUAAACAAAAAAAACAACACACAAUAGACACAAAUUUGAAAAAAAAAACUAUAGGUACUCGUGGAUAUUGCAAAAAAAUAUCCCUUUUUAUUUAGAAAGUGGGGAGAAUGUCAUACUACUGUACUAGCUCGAUGUGUCAGACUACUACAGUACAGUUCAGGGUGUUAUGUAUGCUAGCCGUAGAAGCAGUGUGUAUUUCAGUCCAAGUAGUAUUGUGACAUUUUCACCAAGGCACUUCUGUACAGAAACCAUAUAAAACCACCAAUGGUACACCAAGUCCAGAAUACAUACAGAACUGGUAUUAUCAAAAGCUAUUUAUUUCAUUUCAUUCUUUUUACAUGUAUUUAUUAUUCGUAGUACUAAAUGACAAUCAUGGAAGAAGUCACUAGUUUUAAUGAAGAGGAUUUUAAGUUUUUUUUUUUUUUUUUCAUGAAUUAUGUAAGAAAUUUUAAUUAUGUUUUUUUUGUAUUCAUUUCUGAAUUUGCUCCCAGAGCAAAUACUAGUCACACUACCACAUAAUAAUUUAUGUAACAAAGUGUUUAAAAAAAAACAGUUUAUACUUUAAAGUCGUUACAACUGUGAAAUCUGUUUUUGGAAAUCUAUCUGGAUGUACAGUGUAUAGAUCUACCUUUAUGCAGCAGCAGCACAGUAGAAUAUUGUUCAGAAUAUCCCGUUUUAUAUUUCUAUUGAAAAAGUGGCUUGUAACGUGCUAACCUUUAGCUGGUAUUACCUACUCUAGAGUUGUGUGACUCUAAUCAUGUCUACUAUCCCAAUAUCUACAAUAUCAAUCCCCAGUUGGUUGUUUUCCACUGUUUUCGUUUGUUUUGAUGCAGAGAUAUUGCUGUUCUAGAUCCCAAAAAUCGUAGAAGCGGAUUGAUUCAUGUCACUGUGAAGAGGCUAAUUCAGUACUGGAUGUCAUAAUGUACCAAAUCAGUAUUAUUGAUGAAUAAUAAUAAUGAGGGAAUAAUGAUGAUUCUUAUACACUCACUGAAUAGAGACUCUUCUGAAAACCUUAUCAAUAAAAAGUUAUUGUUUACUUCAUCCAUU